AUGGACAUAAGCCUCGAAGAUCUCUCCCGCUACUUCACCAUGCUGAUCACUCAGGCGUCCAAGGAGCUCAAAGUCAGCCGCACUGUGCUCAAGAAGCGGUGCUGCGAGUUUGGGAUCCCCCAGUGGCCUCACCGCAAGCUCAAGAGCCUCGAGAGCUUGAUACACAAGAGCCAGGAGUUAGCCAAGGAUUCGGAUGGAAACGCUCCAAACCCAGUGAUCCAUGAGCUGGAGAAGCAGAAGAAGAAGAUGGUGGAGAGCCCGGGGAUGGAGCUGGAUGAUCGAACCAAGUGGUUCUGCCAGGCAAUCUUCAAAGCCAGCUACAAGCAGCGGCAGCGAGGGGUAGCUCCCUGUAGAAACGGUGGCAGCGGUGGUGGAAACUCUGAUUCUUCCCACAACGAUGGAUCCACGGAGCAGCAGCAGUGA